AUGUCAGCAAUUGCGUCAUCGAAAGCCAACAAGCUCUCGACCCGACUGAUUAGUGGCUCCCCUAUCCUCCUCGACGGUGCUCUGGCAACUUACCUCGAGACCCUAGGCGCCGACAUUUCUGGCGCUCUCUGGUCUGCUGAUAUCCUCAUAAAAACCCCUUCCCUGAUCAAGCAAACGCAUCUCGACUAUUACCGGGCCGGCGCAAACAUCGCUAUCACAGCAUCGUACCAGGCCUCUAUUGCUGGGCUUACGAAGCACCUGGACCUGGAUGAGAAAGAGGCGAGGACUGUCAUCAGUAAGAGCGUAAAGUUAGCACAGGAUGCCAGGGAUGAGUAUGUGACUGAGACUUUGACUGCGCUGAGUAAAGAAGCGAAAGAUAAGAUGUUGCUUGUAGCCGGCAGCGUAGGGCCAUAUGGUGCGUUUUUGGCAGACGGUAGCGAGUAUCGUGGCGACUACACCCUCCCAAACCAUGAGAUGAAAGCGUUCCACCGUGGAAGACUCCAAGCGCUAGUGGACGCAAACGUCGACGUCCUAGCCUUUGAAACAAUGCCUUCGAAGGGCGAAAUCGAAGCCCUGUUGGAUCUACUGAUCACCGAGUUCCCGAAUGCGGAGGCGUGGUUCUCAUUCACUUUGCGGGACAGCGCACACAUCAGCGACGGCACACCUCUAAGUGAGAUUGUGUCCAUUCUCAGAGGAACAAAUCAAGUUGUAGCCGUGGGAUUCAACUGUAUUUCAGACGAUCUUGCGUUAGAUGCGCUCAAAGACUUGUCUCCAUUAGUAGAGGGAGUGGCAUUGAUCGUGUAUCCGAAUUCGGGCGAGCAGUGGAACGCGCAAGCACGGGAAUGGGAGGGUCAAAGGACAGAGGGGGCAACGUUGGAGCAGAAGACAGUAGAGUGGUGGAACGCUGGUGCUAAGAUGAUUGGAGGAUGUUGUCGGACCACGCCAGAAGACAUUGCAGUCAUGGGGAAAGCGCUGGAGUCAUUUCGCUAG